AUGCUCGGAAAGAUCGCUCUUGAAGAAGCUUUUGCGCUUCCGCGGUUCCAAGAAAAGACACGCUGGUGGGCUGGUCUCUUCGCCACUGAUGUCGAUAAGCAUGUCGCAGAGAUCAACGACGUCGACUCCAUUCGAUUAAACUUCGCCGAGAAACAUGGCGUUGGCCUGCAGAUUCUCUCCUAUACUGCGCCGGGUGUCCAGGAUAUCUGGGACCCCAAGGAUGCACAGGCCCUGGCUGUUGAAAUUAAUGACUACAUCGCCGAGCGGGUGAAGGCGUACCCUGACCGGUUUGCUGCGUUCGCUACUCUCUCUAUGCACGACCCCAACGAGGCCGCCCAAGAAUUGCGCCGUUGUGUUACACAAUACGGCUUUCUCGGCGCGCUCGUCAACGACACCCAGCGUGCUGGCCCGGAUGGCGACGACAUGAUCUUUUACGAUAAUGAGAAAUGGGAUGUGUUCUGGCAGACCUGCACUGAGCUGGACGUGCCCCUAUACUUGCACCCGCGCAACCCCACCGGCACCAUCUAUGAGAAGCUAUGGGCGGACCGGAAGUGGUUAGUGGGCCCCCCACUGUCCUUUGCGCAGGGCGUAUCGCUGCACGCUCUGGGAAUGGUCACCAACGGCGUGUUCGACCGCCACCCCAAGCUGCAGAUCAUCCUCGGUCACCUGGGCGAGCACAUCCCCUUCGAUAUGUGGCGGAUUAACCAUUGGUUCGAGGAUCGGAAGAAGCUGCUUGGCCUCCAAGAGACCUGCAAGAAGACCAUUCGCGAAUACUUCGCGCAGAACCUGUGGAUUACCACAUCCGGGCAUUUCUCGACGACCACGCUGAGCUUCUGUAUGGCCGAGGUUGGGUCCGAUCGGAUCUUGUUCUCAAUUGACUAUCCAUUUGAGACAUUUCAGGAUGCAUGUGACUGGUUUGAUAAUGCAGAGAUGUCGGACACGGAUCGGUUGAAGAUCGGGCGGGAAAAUGCGAAGAAGCUAUUCAAGCUGGGUCCAUAUAAAGACAGCACUGCUUGA